UCUUUCACAAAGUAAUGUAGCUGGGAAUAGGAUGGAAGUUUGCUGUUAGAGGGGGAACGAGUGAAAGAAGUGAGAAGUGAUAGCCGAGGCGUUGCGCCUGUCUUUUGCCUGCCGAGGUUGCCGAUGAAGUGGUGAAUGCGGGCGGUGUGCCGACUGGUACCCAUGGAGGGGGUGAGGUGGGCAUUCCCCUGUGCUCGGUGGGCGCCGGGCCGGGAUGAUUGGCUGCUCUGUGCUCGAUGUGUUCAGCCUGAGGAGAGGAGGAGGAUUGGACAGUUCAUGUUCACACGAGAUGCCAAGGCUGCCAUGGCUGGUCGUCUUCUGAUAAGAAAGUUAAUUGCGGAAAAUCUUCACAUACCCUGGGACAGGAUACGCCUGGAAAGAACAGCAAAAGGAAAGCCGUUCCUGGCCAAUGAUGUCUCUCAUGAGCACCCGAACUUUAACUUCAAUGUCUCCCACCAAGGCGAUUAUGCUGUCCUUGCUGCUGAGCCUGAGCUACAGGUUGGAGUUGAUAUCAUGAAGACAGACUUCCCAGGCAGCGGCUCGACCGAAGAGUUCUUUCGUCUCAUGCAUCGUCAGUUUACCGAGAGGGAAUGGCACUCCAUCAAGAGCAUGGCCGGCGACUGGGCUCAGCUAGACAUGUUCUACAGACACUGGGCUCUAAAGGAAAGCUUUAUAAAAGCCAUAGGGGUCGGACUAGGCUUUAGUCUGCAGCGUGUCGAUUUUGGAGUGUCGCCCAUAACUAUGGAGGUCGGUAAGGUUUACACAGAGACCAAAAUGUGGCUGGACGAGGAGCUUGAAAACUGGUCUUUUGAGGAAAUGCUUCUGGAUGACAAGCAUCAUGUUGCUGUUGCCUUGGGGGACACAAAUACAAACCGAGAACAGACUUCAAAGAAUGUAAAGAGAUCAGUUGCGCCAUUUACAGUUCUCACCUACAAAGACCUGAUGGCCUCAGCUGUUCCACUGUCUGAUGAAGACCCCAGCUAUUGGGAUAGCUUUACUUCCAAACAGGAGAUUCCCCAACGCCAAAGUGCCAAGCCAUCAUCAAAGUCAUGACAGAAGCCUGCAACCUUGCUGGAUUUUUGGAGCUUGCUUAUGAAGAUUAGAAAAAAAGAGACUGUUGUUUUGGUGCAUUUUCCUGAAUGUCUCCCUAAAUAAUAAUUGUUGGUAAUGAACUGUCACAAUGUCGACCUGAAAUGCAUAAAAAUGUAAAGUGACAAGAAAGAACAAAGAUUGGGGGGAAAUAUUACAAAAACAUGCAGCUUUGAGGGAGGUUUCUUUUCUAGGUUGUCCCUGAUGCAAAUAAUUAUUUCUGGUUUAGUGCGACCUGCUCUGUUGGUGAUAAAGUGGCAGGUUUUAAUUUUAGGUGAAAUAAAGUAAAAUAACCGAUUUGGAUCUUCUAUAAAUGAAUUGUGCACAUAUAUUUAUUUGCAGAAGCUUAGUGUAUGCCACACUUCUCCACGAGUGUGAUGUCAUAAUGUACACAUGUAACCCCACCCACGUCUUCAUAAAUAUGUGCUUUUGUAUUGUC